AAACAAAUCUCAUUUACAUGACCAGUAAUUCUCUCUCUCUCUACUUUCUUCUCUCUCUAAAUGCUCCACCUCACAACCACCACCACCACCACCACCACAGAUUCCACCACCGUGGACUAACUCUAGCAGUAAAGGCAAAACCAACAAACUCACACCACCAAACAAUGGGCAAAGAAUCCUCCACCACCUCCGCCGCCGCCGCCGCAGCAUCCGAUUCCACAUCUGCGCAUGCAGAAUUCAAGCUGGUAGGCUUCAAAAACUUCGUCCGAGCAAACCCCAGGUCCGACCACUUCCCCGUACACCGCUUCCACCACAUUGAAUUCUGGUGCGGCGACGCCACCAACACCGCCCGCCGCUUCUCCUGGGGCCUCGGCAUGCCCCUCGUCGCCAAAUCCGACCUCUCCACCGGUAACUCCGCCCACGCCUCCUACCUCCUCCGCUCCGGCCAACUCAACUUCCUCUUCACCGCCGCCUACUCCCCCUCAAUCUCCUCCCCCUCCUCCGCCUCCAUCCCCAGCUUCUCCCUCUCCGCCCACCGCUCCUUCACCUCCUCCCACGGCCUCGCCGUCCGCGCCGUCGCCAUCCAGGUCGAAUCCGCCUUCUCCGCCUACUCCGCCGCCGUCUCCCGCGGCGCCGUACCCAUAUCCCCUCCCGUCCUCCUCUCCGACAACAAAACCUCCAUCGCCGAAGUCCAUCUCUACGGAGACGCAGUGCUCCGAUUCGUCAGUUACAACGACAUCGAAUCAGCUUCAAACGGCUUCUUCUUACCCGAUUUCGAACCCUUGGACAACGCAAUUUCAUACCAAGAUCUCGAUUACGGAAUCAGAAAACUCGACCACGCCGUGGGCAACGUACCCAAACUCGAACCAGCCGUAGAUUACCUCAAUAAGCUAACCGGCUUUCACGAAUUCGCCGAAUUCUCAGCCGAAGACGUCGGCACCGCCGACAGCGGCUUAAAUUCUGUGGUUCUCGCGAACAACGACGAAAACGUUCUCCUCCCGUUAAACGAGCCCAUUUUCGGCACAAAGCGAAAGAGCCAAAUCCAGACGUAUUUGGAGCACAACGAAGGCGCGGGUGUGCAGCAUUUGGCAUUAGUGAGCGAAGAUAUUUUUAAGACGCUUCGAGAAAUGAGAAAGAGGAGUUGCAUUGGAGGGUUCGAUUUUAUGCCCUCACCUCCGCCUACUUAUUACAGGAACUUGAAGAGCAGGGCUGGAGAUGUUUUGAGUGACGAACAGAUCCAAGAGUGCGAGGAAUUGGGGAUCUUGGUCGAUCGAGACGAUCAAGGAACUUUGCUCCAGAUUUUCACCAAGCCCGUCGGUGAUAGGCCGACUAUAUUCAUAGAGAUAAUUCAGCGUGUAGGUUGUAUGCUGAAAGACGAGGAGGGAAAGACGUACCAGAAGGGUGGAUGUGGAGGAUUCGGAAAGGGGAAUUUCUCCGAACUCUUUAAAUCUAUCGAAGAAUAUGAAAAAACACUCGAAUCUGCAAAACAAGACUCUUGAUUCUAAACAACUAUAUAUAUCUAUCUAUAUCUGUAUCUAUAUAUAUUUCGAUCAUAUGUUGCUCUACUUAGUCGCAGUUAUCGUUUUUUGUAAUAAUCACUUUGACGAACGACUUUGGCCGUUUGAAUAAAAUAUAUGAUGAUUUUAUUUUAAAUGUUUGAGGUAUCUUUUUCAAGGGA